AUGUCCAACGGACCAGCUAGUCACCUAGUAGCGACUCCGAAUCCUUAUAGUGUUGUGUAUUCAAACAGUGGAAUCGAUUGUCCAAGAAAAUUCCUUCCUUGUCUUUUCGCCGGGACCUUAGCAUGGGUUCUGAUGAAAGAUGGAGAUGGGAGAUUUAUAUUUGGAGCUCGAAUGAGAUGA